AUGGGAAAAGAGGAGGGAGCAAACAAUAUUAACAAGAAGAAGAAGAUGAUAAUGAGCAAGCUUAGGAAGGGGUUGUGGUCGCCUGAGGAAGAUGAGAAGCUGAUGAGGUACAUGUUGACGAAUGGACAAGGCUGUUGGAGUGACAUUGCUAGAAAUGCUGGUCUCCAAAGGUGUGGAAAGAGUUGCCGUCUUCGAUGGAUUAACUACUUGAGGCCUGACCUCAAGCGUGGUGCAUUUUCACCCCAAGAGGAAGAACUUAUCGUCCAUUUCCAUUCAAUUCUUGGCAACAGGUGGUCACAGAUUGCUGCACGUCUUCCAGGACGAACGGACAAUGAAAUAAAAAACUUUUGGAAUUCUGCAUUAAAGAAAAGGUUGAAAAAGAACAAUAUUUCCACGUCCUUAUCAUCACCAAACGAUAGUGAUUCAUCAGAGCCUAGAGAUGUCAACAUUACUGGAGGAACGCUUAUGCCCAUGCAUGACCAUGACAUGAUGACCAUGACCAUGUACAACAUGGAUUCAUCUUCCCCAUCAUCUGCAUCCAUGCAAGCCAUGUUCGUCAACAGCAACACAUUAUUCGAUCCCUUCUCCAUGCUUGACCAUCGCUAUGACAUGGCCCAUGCAGAUGCUACAUUGAACGUUAAUCCCACAUGCUUAGCAAACUUACCAAAUAUUGGAGACCAGGGGUAUUAUGGGGAUUGUGGAAACUUAGGGGCUGGCCAUAAAAUGGGGUUAGAAGGUGACCUUUGUGUACCUGCACUUGAGAGUAGAAGCGUGGAGAGUAAUAUGAAUGGUCAAGUAGCUGAGAAUAUAAGCAAGACUAUUAACAACCACUUCCAUAAUAAUUGCUUCAAUAACACGGCGGAAAUGAUCGGGUUUAAAGUAGAUGAGGACAUGCUUGGGUUUGGAAAUAAUGGGCAUGGAGAAAACUUGAGAAUGGGAGAAUGGGAUUUUGAGGGUUUCAUGCAAGAUAUAUCCUCCUUUCUCUCUUAG